CGCCGCGGUGGUUAAAUGGCCGGUGUGGAUUUCCAGGCUCAGAUCGCCUCCAUUAUGGAGGCGCUGUCGAGCGCGGCGGUGGCGCAGAUCUGUAAAGUCAUCGACGCGGUGAUUGAGCUGCAGGUCUCGCGGAGCCGGAGGGAGAACGAGCUGCUGCGUGAGCGGAUCAGAGUGAUGGAGAGAGCUUCACUGCACGCGCGCUCUCCGUGCGCCUCCGCAGCCGGCUUUACCCAGGUAAAGAGACCAACGUCCAGCAGAACUGACCACAGCACUGCAGAUGAACAUGGAGGACUUUCAGAUCAGGCAAUCACCGUCAAGGACGAGCCUACAGACCCUGAAGACGAGCCGGAUGUGCUGAUAGUGAAAGAAGAAAAGCUACAGACAGUCUGCAGCGCCUCCUCGUUUGGGGAGGAACUAUCUGCUAAAGCGAACACGAGUCAGAUGGAGAGAGUCUGUACUGCAGGUUCAGCUGCUUUUCCUUCUGUGGGACCAGACGAUGAACCUGGGAAACGCAGAAGAGACUCUGAGGAGGGUAAAGUUACAGUGAGAACAGAGGCUGCAGUGCAUUGCGUUAAGUUUGAUAACGAUGUGGACGCUGUUAAAGAUGUUGACCAUAGUGAAGCGACCGUCUGUGUGGACAUAAAAACAGCCUGUGAAGGAACUGAGACUCCUGCCUUUGAUCAUAAACAUGCUGAAUUUCUGCCUGCUCAGCAGUCUUGUUCUGACGCUGAUGUGAAGCCAGAUUUCUUCAUAAUUGAACCCAGACCAGCAGAAGAAUUAGACCGACAGCUGGAGUGUCAACAAAAAGGCACGGAUGAACCCGUCGGCACACGACACGGACUCCAGUACAGAGACGGACAUAGUCCUUCUUCUGAAAAACGUUUUUUAGGUUUCGUUGGCUCGUUCAGCAGCACAAGCAGAGAUCACUUAUCUUGGACGUGUGACCAGCAGCGUGGUCCUAAUGGUGGCCCUCAAACUCUGCGUGGAGAUGCUCCAUGGAGCUGCCGUCUGUGUGGGAAGAGCUUCAGCCACAUGAAGCAGCUGAAGCUCCAUGAGCGAGUCCAUACGGAGGAGAAGGUCUACCGCUGCGGCCGCUGUGGACGACAGUUUCCCCAGCUUUGCAGACUGAAACGGCACGAGAGGGUCCACACCGGAGAAAAACCAUUCCGCUGCGCCAAAUGUGGAAAACAUUUUGCGCACGCCAACAACCUGAAGGUCCACCAGAGCGUUCACACCGGAGAGAGACGAUUCAGCUGUGCUCAGUGCGGGAAGAGUUUCUCUUUCCUCAGCAAUCUUAUACGUCAUAAAGCAGUUCACACUGGAAAAUGACAGGCUUUAAAAAACUGAACACGCCUCCAUUUAGUACUGGUUUUACCACAACCUCAUCGAAAGUCCUGCAUAAUUAAACGGUUAAGAUGUAAACAGGGUGGUUCAGAGUGGUUUGGUGUGAAACGCUCUG